AUCUCUCGUUGACACAGGAAUUUUGCGUUUCAGUGACAAUGUUGUUCAACUCUGUAAUUGUCUUAUCUCUUCUCGGGCACUUCGCUUCUGCAAGCCCAGUUGCCGAGCCAAAUCCCGAACCUAUCGUUGUUGGUCCUCGUUCAUGGCAUAUUCCAUUGAUGAGGCGUGACGGCGAACAAGCUGGAAAUGGUUAUGCGGAUCUCGCAGCUAUCUACUCUGAUUGGCAGAGGACUAUCCAGAAAUACGACCGUGGUUUCAAAGCUUAUAAGGCAAAUACCGGCUCUGACCACCCCCUUUCCAUCGGCUUCAACCCUUCCCCCGACCUUAGCAAACGAAGUGUAGGUGCUCUUCCGCUCGAAGACGAGAAAAACGGCACUCUAUGGCGAGGUAACGUCAGCAUCGGGACACCGCCUCAAAAUUUCACCAUGGACUUCGACACCGGUAGCAGCGAUAUCUUCUUGCCUGGACCUAACUGCACGGAGAACUGCGCCGAACACAAGCCCUUCUUUCCCGGCAAUAGCUCGACGGCACAGGAUCGUCAGCAGAAUUUUACGCUUGCCUAUGGAGAUGGUUCAAGCGUCAGUGGCGAGCAGUAUAAUGAGACGGUUAUCAUUGCGAACCUAACGGCUCAGAAUCAAGACAUUGGUGCCGCUGCGACCUACUCCUCCGGAGAUGCGUACGCGAGGUUCCCAACGGAUGGUCUUAUUGGCUUCGGGUACCAAUCGAUCUCGGUUUACAACGCGACUCCUUUGUUCCAAAACCUUGUCGCUCAAAAUCAGACGUCGGAGCCCGUCUUCGCGUUCAAGCUUACACCGGAAGAUGGUGAGCUUGUUCUUGGCGGUGUCAACAGUAGCCAGUAUACCGGAAAUUUCUCUUUCGCUCCAGUCGUUAUCCAGGGAUUCUGGCAGGUCACAUUGGAUGGCGUUGUAGUCAACAAUAAGACUACUGUCACCAAUCAGACCGCUAUAAUCGACACUGGUACCAGUCUUAUUGUCGGCUCUCCUGAUGAAGUGAAGGAGUUGUACAAGAAUAUCCGCAGGUCGACGAGCAUCAGCGAUGGCAUCUAUUCUAUACCAUGCGAUUUCAAUGACACCGUGGCGUUCACGUUGGGCAACACCACUUUCCCUAUCCCUCCAAGUGUCUUCAAUCGUGGCAAAAUCGUACCUGGCUCGGACCUAUGUAUCGGUGGUGCUUCGGGUAUGGCUAACCAGCAAUUCUGGGUGCUUGGUGAUCUCUUCUUGAGGAAUGUGUAUACACAGUUCGAUCUAGGGAAUAACCGAGUUGGCUUUGCAACUCUAAGCUAGAUUAUUGUAGACUACAAUCAUUGUAGAAGAGAGUAUCAAUUAUUCCUUGACCUUCGACAAUGCACAUCUUUGUACAUU